AUGAGUAUCCCAAUGGAGUUGAUGUCGAUCAGAAACCCUAAUUCGAGCUUGCUCUACAGAGCUCACUCUCGUCCGCCGGUGACGCAGUGUGCUUCGCGUCCUCUCCGUUCCCAGCUCCUUCCGAGUCGACGCCAAUUCAGUGCUCAACAGUUUACUAGAGCUUUCGUUUCUUGUACAGGGCUACAACGUCUCGGGUUUAGCUCAGAGCUCAUGCUUAAUCGCUCCGUCGUUGCUUUCGCUGCAUCCCACGAGGAAUCGGAACAGUCAGGAGUUGAGGUGGAGAAGGAGAAGAGAGAUGUAGAUGGUGAAGGUGAUACAUCUCAGGAAGCAUGGAAGCAAACUGUUGCGUCAUUCAAAGAGCAGGUCACAAAGAUGCAGAGCGUGUCAUCGGAGGCGUACACUGUCAACUCCCAAAAAGCAAUGACAAUCUUGAAAGACACUUCUGAGCAACUCAGGGUUCAAGCGGAGAAGGCGAAAGAAGAAUUGGGUACAAAGGCGAAAGUUGUUGGUGAGGAAGGUAGAGAGUAUAUCUUGAAAGCUGCAGAGGAAUCACCUUCAGAUGUGAAAGAGAUUGUUGAAGCGUUUGCCUCCACUGAGGAUUUGAAAGAUGUGUCUCGUACUCAAGAUUUUCAUGUUGGAAUACCUUAUGGUUUGCUUCUGGUUGUGGGCGGUUUUAUUUCCUUUAUGGUAUCCGGAAGCAUUGCGGCUAUUAGGUUUGGGGUCAUUCUUGGUGGAGCUCUGUUUGCACUGAGCCUUGGAAGUCUAAAGUCUCAGAGGAAAGGAGAAUCAUCUGACAAGUUCUUUAAAGGACAGAUGGCUAUUGUGGCAAUCAUAUUUUUGAGGGAGCUGAGGUUGAUACUAUCUCAGAGAUCAUCGUUCAUGGGUCUUUUGACCACCCUUACAAGUGGUGGUGUGUUGGCGUUUUACGUGUACAAGCUGGUGAGCAAGAGAGAAACGGGACCAACCUUGGAAGAAGAUGGAGGAGAAGAUGAAUCAAGCGAUGGGGUUGUAAGAGGAUAA